CACACCAUAAUCACAUGACCUACAUUGAAGUACAACAUGUCUGCAUUGUAAACAGUACUGCAAAUAUGUCUCUAGAAUACAAGACUAUCACAUAAUAUUCUGCAAUCAACGUUAGCCAGCGUAAGGUCAACACAGGUAAGRGAGAGAGACGUUGACAACUAUCUGACAUUGCCUGACAGUGACAACGUUGAAGUAAGAGAUAAUGAUAAUGAUGAAGAAGAURCGGACUGCUGCACGAUUCAGGUCUCAGUUGUGGAGUCUGAAGAUGCCUAGCCUCUGUCACAGAAGCUUUGCUGCCAUCUCCACUUACAAAGCUGUCAUUUUUGACAUGUAUGGAGUUCUCAUUCCGUCACCUGUCAAAUUGGCAACAGUGUUUGAACAACAGAACAGUGUUCCUCUGGGCACGCUGGGCAAGGCCAUCAGGACAGGUGGGGAGGUGAACGCGUGGAAGAGGUUCAUGCGUGGAGAGAUUGGGGCUGAGGAGUUUGUGGAGGCCUUCGGCAGGCAGUGCAGUGAGAUAGCAGGAUGUCCUGUUCCCAUUGGCUCAUUCUUGUCUGAUCUGACCAGUGGGCCAAUGACCAGGCCUCUACCCGUCAUGAUGGAGGCCAUUUUGUGUGCUCGCUCCAGGGGCCUGGGAAGGACUGCUGUCCUCAGCAACAACUCUCAGCUGAACGGUGACCCCUUCCUGCCUCUGGACCACUCUCUCUUCGAUGUGAUAGUUGAGUCGUGUAGGGAGGGCCUCAGUAAGCCAGACCCUAGGAUCUACCACCUGUGCCUGAACAGACUGGGUUCUGCCCAUGAGGCUGUGUUUCUGGAUGACCUGGAGUUAAGUAAGGCAGCUGCCCAGCUAGGGAUACAUGCUAUCAAGGUAGGGGACCUUGCAGUGUCAGUGAAGGAGCUGGAAGGGUGGCUGGGUCCCCUGUCAGGGUUUGUUCCUGGGCCUGGCUCUGCCCCUUGGGCCACAAAGCUCCCUAUGGACCAACUCACACAGUACCUGAGGAAGAUUCUCCAUCUGUCUGACAAAGACCCUGUUGCUGUCCAACAACUCAGCCCCAGUCAGUCAAACGCCUUAUAUCACUUGACCACUGGAGGGCGCCAUCUCCUCCUGAGGAAACAGCAGAAGACCUCCCGUGCCAUGGAGACAGAGUACAGGUUGUUGAAAUCUCUCAGUGGAUCAGGCAUCCCUGUUCCAGAGAUCAUUGAUCUGUGUGAGGACCCAAGUGUCCUGGGUGCUCCCUUCCUCUUGAUGGAGGUCUGUCUAGGUAGGAUAUUCAGUGACCCCUCCCUGCCAGGCCUGACCCCUGGGGACAGGAGGGCCUUGUACCAAGCCAUGCAACACACACUCUGCCAGAUCCACUGUCUAGAUACUAGAGCAGUCGGCCUGGAGGACUACGACGAGCCAGUGGAUUACAUGGGGCUUCAGGUACAGUGGUGGACUCAGCAGUACAGGGACAGUGAGACUCUGCCCAUCCCAGCCAUGGAGAGACUCAUACAGUGGCUUCCUCUGCACCUCCCCAAACACCAGAGAACUACGCUGAUCCAUGGAAGCUUCAGACUGGAGAACCUUGUGUUCCACCCAGAGAAGCCAGAGGUGGUUGCGGUGAUGGACUGGGGCCGUUCCAGACUGGGUGACCCUCUAACAGACCUGACCUUCAGCUGUAUGGCUCGCUACUGCCCCAGACAACCUCUACUGACAGGUAUAUCUGACAGGGGCCUAGUCCAGCUGGGUAUCCCCACUGUGGAGGAGGUGAUGAGGCAGUACUGCAGCUCUAUGGGUCUGGAGGAGGGAAUCCCAGAAUGGAACUUCUACAUGGCCUUCCACCUCUUCUGCCUGGCAGCCAGCCACCAGGGGGAGAGCAAGAGUACCAUUGCAGGUACCAGAACAUAGACCAGAGUUUAGGAUUGUGUCUCAGACUCAUACAUUAAAAAAAMAAUCUAUGCAUGCAUGACUAAUUUGCUUUGGAUAAAAGUGUCUGCUAAAUGGCAUAUAUUACUAUUAUAUUAUUUAGCUAGCCUAAAUCUGUCCAGAAUAUAUUAUUAC